AUCUUCCACGUAAGCUAAGAUCUAAUCCAAACUCUAGCCUUUAUAUAUUUAUCCAUUUUACUCAGAAGACGGAGUACCAUGCUGGCUCCCUUCACACAAUACCAUCAACUUCAACAAUAAUCCGAUCUUUUCAAAGUGAAGAUUGAAGUUAAAACUUCAAUACAAUAAAAAUGGGAAAGGGGGGAAAGGGGGGAAAGAGUGGAUGCUUUAGUGUUACAAUAGUUCUUUGUAUACUUGUGAUCGUGGGAUUAGAUUUCGUCGCUGGUAUCGUGGCAAAGCAAGCCGAAGUCGCCCAAGAUGAGGUGAAACACGUGAAGUUAUGGAUACUCGAGUGUAAAGCUCCAAGCCAAAAAGCUUUCAUGUUAGGGAUAAUAGCAUUAGGUUGUUUGCUAGUAGCUCAUAUCAUCGCCAUUAUUAUAGGAUGCAGCAUCUCCAAUAUGGUCAAAGUACUCGUCGUACCUAAGCUCUCUGCAUACCUCAACAUGGCCUGUCUUUCUCUCACUUGGAUCGUAGCAAUUUUAGGAGCGGGGCUACUUACGUUGGGGAUAUGGAUGAACAGAGAGUCAAGAUCAAAAUGCGGAUUCACAGACAAACAUAUUUUGUCUUACGGAAGCAAAGUGUGUUUCGCUCAUGCCGCUUUCUCUGUCGUUUUGUAUGUAACAACUAUCGUCUCUAAAAAAUGUCCUUUGUGAAAUGUUCGUAUGCAUUUAUGCUAAUUUGUGAAAUGUUCGUAUUUUAUUUAAUAAAAUAACGUUAUGUGGGGCUGGGAGAGGGAAAUGAGAUUUAUUAAU